AUGUCUGCCGCAAUCAAUGGGCUGGACGCGUCGGCCUGUGUUCUCCACAAUGAGCACCAUCAAUCUCCUUUGAAGAACAAUAACGAAGGCAGCACCCCUCAUGGAAACCUUGUGGAGGAUUCACCACUGCAACCUUUUCCCAAGCCCUCUUUCCAUGUCACUGCCCCUAGUGGGUGGCUAAACGAUCCCUGCGGCCCGGGAUACGACCCAGCGACUGGGCUAUACCAUCUUUUCUUCCAGUGGAAUCCAAAAGGCAACAAUUGGGGCAACAUGUCAUGGGGUCAUGCCACUUCCUCCGACCUUGCUUCAUGGAAGACAGAUCCGCAGCCAGCCUUGGUGCCAUCAACAGAAUACGACCGCUGUGGUGUUUUCACUGGUUGUCUACGGGCAACAGACAUACACGGAAACCCUGGAGCCCUCACGGUCAUCUACACCUCGGUAAAUUGCCUUCCGAUUCACUGGACGCUGCCAUACGUCACUGGGUGCGAGUCUCUGAGCCUAGCUGUCUCAAGUGAUGGUGGCAAGACAUGGGAACGUCAGGCGUGUAACCCGGUCCUGCCAGGUCCGCCUCAAGAUCUCUCCGUAACAGGAUGGAGAGACCCUAGCAUUGCCAACUGGACCCUGGGAGAGCAGAGUGUUUCUCGAAACAAGCGGUCUGACCUAUGCGGCCUCAUCUCUGGGGGUAUAGUUGCCCAAACACCCACCGUUUUUGUCUAUACCGUCAACCCGGCAGACCUGCGAGAAUGGCAGUAUGAAGGCCCUUUGGUCGACGUGGGCCUGAACUUCCGUCCCUCACGCUGGUCAGGCGAUUUCGGCAUAAACUGGGAGGUGGCUCAUUUGGUGACCCUAACCAAUGAAUUCGGUGACUCCCGGGACUUUGUUAUCAUGAAGGUUGAAGGAGGACUACGCCCAGAAGACUCCAUUCAAAAUACACACGAAGCACGUCAAAGACGCCAUACCCGAGGUCAGCUUUGGAUAUCCAUCAAACCGUCUACACAAAGACACACCAACAAGGACGCGUUGACAACUUAUGCCUUCGGUGGAAUUUUCGACCAUGGUUGUUUCUAUGCUGCCAACUCUUUUUGGGACCCGCAAACCUCCCGGCAUAUUGUUUAUGGAUGGAUCACGGAGGAAGAUCUAAGUGACGACUCUCGCCAUCGCCAGGGAUGGAGCGGAAUGGUCUCGCUACCUCGAACCGUGCGCUUAAUCACCUUACACAACGUCAAGAAGGCACGCACCUCAUCCCUACAAUCGAUCACCUCAAUCGAGGUUGUUGCCAACGCAUCAAAAGAAGAAAAUACAUUCUCGAUUCACACUUUGGGAAUUAGUCCAGACAAGCGCCUUUCGCAGCUUCGACCUCGAGAUAGAAAGGAUCUACACCAUGGCCUGCCAUUGCCUCUCCCCCUUACUGCAACCUCUGAUCAUUACUUUCCCUUAACGUCGACUCGCUGGGAAUUACAGGCCGAGUUCGCGGUUGGUCAAUUGUGCGAACGAGUGGGAAUUGAAAUUGCCCACAGUCCAGACUUCACCCACCGCACAACUCUAUCAUGGACCCCACUCAACGAAUCAUUCACAAUCCACCGACCCCCUUCACAAGAUCCCAAAAUAAACCACGGAUACGAAUGCGCCCCUCAUACACUAUUCACCUUCGUAAACUCGCAAGGCGAGGAUAUCGAAGAGACUCUUAAAGUACAUGCAUUUUUCGACAAGAGCGUACUAGAAGUCUUCAUAAACGAACGAACCGUCAUUUCUACCCGAAUCUAUCAUCCCGGGGACCGUUGUUUUGGAAUACGAUUUGUCGCAGAAUCGUUGGAUAACUUGAACUUGGAUUGUCCUAAUGAAUUUGAACGGCCAGCGAUGCUUCUCCGGGCUGAUGCCUGGGAUGGACUUGGGGAGAGCUAG